CAGCCAUGCAGCAAGUCCUAGACAACCUGGGUACUUUCCCCAAUGCCACGGGAGCUGCAGAAUUAGACCUGAUCUUCCUCCGAGGCAUCAUGGAAAGUCCAAUAGUAAGAUCCUUGGCGAAGGCCCAUGAACGCCUAGAAGAGACCAAACUGGAGGCAGUUCGGGACAAUAACCUGGAGCUGGUUCAGGAGAUCCUUAGGGACCUGGCUGAGCUGGCUGAGCAGAGUAGCACGGCUGCUGAACUCGCCCAUAUCCUCCAGGAGCCCCAUUUCCAGUCCCUCCUGGAGACACAUGACUCAGUGGCAUCCAAGAGCUAUGAGACUCCACCUCCCAGCCCUGGCCUGGACCCCAUGUUCAACAACCAGCCUGUUCCCCCAGAUGCUGUACGAAUGGUGGGCAUCCGAAAGACUGCAGGAGAGCACUUGGGUGUGACAUUCCGAGUGGAGGGUGGAGAGCUGGUAAUUGCCCGAAUCCUGCAUGGGGGCAUGGUGGCCCAGCAGGGCCUGCUGCACGUGGGGGAUGUCAUCAAGGAGGUGAAUGGGCAGCCUGUGGGCAGUGACCCCCGGGGGCUGCAGGAGUUACUCCGAAGUGCCAGUGGAAGCGUCAUCCUCAAGAUCCUGCCCAGUUACCAGGAGCCCCACUUGCCUCGACAGGUGUUUGUCAAAUGCCACUUUGACUAUGAACCAGCCCGGGAUAGCCUGAUCCCCUGCAAGGAAGCUGGUCUACGCUUUUGUGCUGGGGACCUGCUCCAGAUUGUGAAUCAGGAUGAUGCUAAUUGGUGGCAAGCAUGCCAUGUAGAGGGGGGCAGUGCCGGGCUUAUCCCUAGCCAGCUGCUGGAAGAGAAACGGAAGGCCUUUGUCAAGAGGGACCUGGAGAUGACACCAACCUCAGGUGCCCUGUGUGGCAGCAUUUCAGGCAAGAAGAAGAAGAGAAUGAUGUAUCUCACCACCAAGAAUGCAGAGUUUGAUCGGCAUGAGCUUCUGAUCUAUGAGGAAGUGGCCCGGAUGCCCCCUUUCCGUCGGAAAACCCUAGUGCUGAUCGGGGCACAGGGUGUGGGACGACGUAGCCUGAAGAACAAGCUCAUCAUGUGGGACCAAGAUCGCUAUGGCACCACAGUGCCCUACACAUCUCGUCGGCCUAAGGACACCGAGCGGGAAGGCCAAGGCUAUAGUUUUGUGACUCGGGCAGAGAUGGAAGCAGACAUUCGUGCUGGCCGCUACCUUGAGCAUGGGGAAUAUGAAGGAAACCUGUACGGCACUCGAAUUGAUUCCAUCCGAAACGUGCUCAGUGCUGGCAAGGUGUGCGUGUUGGAUGUCAAUCCCCAGGCUGUGAAGGUGCUAAGAACUGCAGAGUUUGUCCCAUAUGUGGUUUUCAUUGAGGCUCCUGACUUUGAGACACUGCGUGCCAUGAACCGGGCUGCCCUAGAGAGUGGGGUGGCCACCAAGCAACUCACGGAGGCAGACUUGAAGCGGACAGUGGAAGAGAGCAGUCGGAUCCAGAGAGGGUAUGGGCACUACUUUGAUCUCACGCUGGUGAAUGACAACCUUGAGAGGACCUUCCGAGAGCUUCAGACUGCAAUGGAGAAGCUGCGAACAGAACCCCAGUGGGUGCCUGUCAGCUGGGUAUAUUAACCCUGCUGCCCAUCCACCCGUCUCUGGCACAGGGAUUCACAUCCUCAUUCCACAAUCCUUAGUCACUCAGACCUCAUCCUUUGCUCUGAGCUGUCCUUGGGCAUCCUUUGCAGAGGUUCCCAUGUCCCUUCGCCCAGCUCCCUUGGGAAGCUGUGUCCAUUCCUUGGGAUAAAAAGCCAGGUGGGCAGUAAAAGCUAGCUUCAGCUCUGAAGAAGACACUGUCAGGGAGGGUAUGUUCAUGGGGCACUUUGGUGCCCAGGUGCUGCCCACCUCUCCUAUGCCUGUUAGCUAUCAGCCAACCUGGUGCCCUCCCCUCCCCUCUCUAAGGGACCAAACUGUGCUUAGGAGGGUGGGGGAAGGGGAGAAGCCCCCCCCCCAAGGUGCCCAUCAGUCCAUAAAUGAGAAAAGCUGACACUUAGGUGGGCACCACCACCUCUAUUUAGUCACCUUUUCUCCUCAGGGUUAGCAGAUCUGCCCCUACCCGAGUGCCCUUCCUACUGACUAGUCACUUAAUCCUGGGAUCCAGGGAUGGGAGAAUUAUUGUGUCACCAUCUAAAUGAGCUGGCCAUUUUGUCCAGACCUGCCUAGGAGCUAGUUCUGCCUGGUGCUACCUCCAAAGCCUGGGGAAGAUUGAAGCACAUGAAUGAAGCCAGGGCCCAGGGUGGAAAGUGGGCACUGUCCUCUUUCUGGAAGUUCCUGGAGAACAGAAUGGAAUAUGUAUUGGGAAAGAUUCCCAGGGCUUAGCCUCUCUCCCUAUCUCUCCUGCCCUCCCCCAAGAACACAGCAACUCACUGCCGAAGACUCCCCUAUUGUAUCUCCCAGACCCCUUAGCACUGCCCUUCUUCAACCUUCAAUGUGGGGGUAUUGGGAUGGGUGGGAAGAUCUUGGCCUUGAGAAGGGAAAGCUAGACUUCCUCUAUGAUUUCUGCUGAAGGUCUCCAAGAACUUGGAAAAAUCAAGAAGGGCAAGUCAACCUCAUGAUCUGGGUUCAAAUAUUCCUUGGUGUCUCCUCAAGGGUUCAGUCUUUUCUCCUGAAUCCCUCCAGGCAAUCUGGGCACUAGCUGACAGGACCUGGCUCUGGGAGUCCUACUAGAAGGGUAGACAUGGGAGGCCUGGGGGACCUGGGAAGAGUAGGAUUGAGAAAGCUGGGUAAGAAUGUAGCCUGAAGAAUGGAGCUUCUUCUGCCCAUGUCACACUGAUCAUAUGUGUAUGAGAUACCAACGUCUGAAGACUUGGGCCUCUCUUUCAGAGAGGGAUGAGUUCUUUUGCUCCAGAGGAGAAAUUUUGGAGUCUGUGUAGUGGGAUUGUUGUGGAUGGUCCCUAUUUCUCCUUCACGUUAUGAAGGUCCCUUUUCUUAAACUGGGGAGAAAUCCCAUAUUCCAGUCUUAGAAAUUGUCAGAUUUUUAUCUCCUAUGCUGAUUUCCAUGCUCCAUCCUUCAGUUUUGUGAGGGGAUACCAUGACCCCCUAAUUUAGGAGUUUGGAGCAGUACAGAAGUCAUCUUUGUAAAAUUCCCCUUUAAGGAAAAAAAAAACAAAAAAUGCUGUCUUGGAAUUUCUAGGGUCAUUUAAUUUCCCCCCCUACCUUCCCAUAGGAUAGCCCUUUUAUCCCAUAGGAAAUAAUAGGAAACCCCAGAGAGAAGGGAAAAACCAACCUCUCCCUGGUGUCCAUGUUUGGGGCCUCAGACCUCAUCCCACUCCACAUUCUUACCUGAACUUGAGGGCCCAGCUAGUCCUUCAGUGUCUCAACUCAUCUUUCCUGCUGUAAUGCCAACACCAGCUGGCCCCUAAACCACUGUGAUCCCCCAUCCCAGUGUAUCGGGGAGGGAGGGAUGUCCCUUUCUAGGAGGCCCUGGAAAUUAGUGCCCCCUAAUCCCUUUUCAGUGCUCCCUUCCCUGGGAGGGCCCUCCUGAGAGGAGGAGGAGGAAGAGAAACAUACAAGAGACUUGAGUAAAGAGAGAAUAAACAGACUUAUUUAUUACAAA